AUGGGUAGAUCCAGAACGAGAAGCAAAUCCCCUAAAAGGCGACAUAAAAAUAAACAUACACGUAAACGUUCAAAAUCUCGUGACAGAAGUAGCCACAGUAAACACAGAGAAAAAUCAAGAGAACGUAAUGCCAAAUUAAGGAAACGAUCACAUUCCAAUUCAUCAAGUAGUAGUUCAGAUAUAUCUGAUGAAGCUACCAGAGCAGCAGGACAUGCCAGGAAGAGGACUUACCAUGACAGAAAAAUGGAUGAAGUUGAAAGGCUGGCAGAAAUGGAAAGACAGAGAAGGCAGAGAGAGUUGGAACAGAAAAUGGUAGAAGAAGAAACGGCAAAAAGAAUAGAAGAGCUGGUAAAAAAGAGAGUAGAAGAGGAAUUAGAAAAGCGGAAGGAGGAAAUUGAGGCUGAAGUUCUUAGAAGGGUUGAAGAAGCCAAAAAAAUUAUGGAGAGACAAAUGAUGGAGGAAAUGGAGAGGAGAAGAGAGCAACAGUUAGAAGAGGAGAAAAAGCGAGAGGAAGAAGAAAGAAAGAAACGAGAAGAACUCGAGCAGAUCAUGGCAGAAAACAACAGAAAAAUUGAAGAAGCCCAGAAAAAGCUGGCGGAAGAAAGAUUGGCAAUGGUGGAAGAGCAGAGAAAGAUGGAAGAAGAGAGGCAGAGGCUGAGAAAAGAGCAGGAGAAACGAGUUAAAGAAGAACAGAAAAAGAUUCUUGGAAAGAAUAACUCUCGACCAAAAUUAUCCUUUUCACUGAAACCUGUAACGUGAACAUGUGCAAAGUGAGCUGAUACUUGUGUUCCAGUAAUUAUAUCAGUCAAAGUUAAUCAUAUGUACGCUAUAACUUUGUCUGAAUUAGGAGUAUGAACAUGCAUAAUAAUAUUGAUUUAAUUAGUUAAUUUUGAAGGAAAGAGAGUGGAACCAGUUCUUAAUAGUGUAGCAGUGGCAUAGCAAUAAAUGCAGACUAUGAACACUUGGAAUGUGCUUGUUUGCAGGUCUAUUCCAAGUGGUUGUGGGAAAGCAUUUGAACCAGACAUAACAUCAAAUUGAUACCAUGGGAAUUGUGUCAAGUGUUAAGUGUCAUUUCUGGUCCACUUUGCUGUUCUUUAAAUUUCUGUAUGAGUUGUUUGUAACUGCUGUUCUCAGCUGAGUGUAUGACAUUUACGAAUGAUAUUUGAAUAUGUUUUUCAA